AUGACUGACACUUUGGAAAAUCAAGAAUCUAUUUUUAUACCUGAAAAACCUUCUAAAGAUAGUGCUCCUGUUAUUAUAACAUUGGGAAUGGCAGGUUCUGGAAAAACAACUUUUGUUAAAAGGUUGACAUCAUAUCUUCAUGAAAAAAAAACUCCUCCAUAUCUUAUAAAUUUAGAUCCUGCAACAAUAAAUGUUCCAUUUCCAGCUAAUAUUGAUAUAAGGGACACUGUAAAAUACAAAGAAGUUAUGAAACAAUUUAAUCUUGGACCUAAUGGGGCUAUUAUGACAUCUCUAAAUUUAAUUUGUACUCAAUUUGAUAAGAUAAUGAAUAUUCUUAAACAAAGAUCUAGUAUGGUUGAUCAUAUAAUUAUUGAUACACCAGGUCAAAUUGAGGCUUUUACUUGGUCUGCUUCUGGUUCAAUUAUUACAGAUUCUCUUGCUUCAUCACAUCCAACUAUGAUUGCUUAUAUAGUUGACUCCGGCAGAGCUACCAAUCCAACAACUUUUAUGUCUAAUAUGUUGUAUGCUUGUUCUAUUCUCUAUCGUACAAAACUACCAUUUUUUAUUGUUUUUAAUAAAGCUGAUAUUGUAAAACCAACAUAUGCUUUGGAAUGGAUGAAAGAUUUUGAAUCAUUUCAUAAAUCAUUAGAGGAGAAAAAAAGUUCUUAUAUGACUGAUUUGACAAGAUCGUUAUCUCUAGUCUUAGAUUCUUUUUAUGAAAAUAUUAAUGCUGUUUGUGUAUCUUCCAAAACUGGUGAAGGAAUGGAAAAAGUUUUAGAAUAUAUUGAAAAAUGUAAAACAGAAUAUUUUGAAACUUACCGUCCAAUGUAUGAAGAAAGAAUGAUGGAACAAAAAAAAGAGGAAAAAUAA